AUGUCCACUAAGUACGCCUUCAGCAAGGGCCUCAAGGAGCUCAGAUUCCUCUUCUGCCACUCUUCCGCUCACGGCGAUGCGACAAGAACAUUUUUAAAACGGGCGUACCCGACGAUGAAGAAGCAUAAUCCCUAUACGCCGAUUUUGAUCCGGGAGGCGGCAGACAUUGAGCCGAGAAUAUUUGCGAGAUACGAGUUUGGAAGGGAAAAGCAGCAAUCACUGUUAGGCCUAUCGGACAAGGAAAUAGAACAAUUAGUCACUACAUUGGUGCAACCCAAGGAAUAA